CGGCAUUUUUAUGUCUACUUUCAAUUUGAAAAAGUAAACAUGGCGUGUAUUAAGUUCUCUUGUAACAAUUUCAUGGAUUUGCUCGAAGCCUACGAUGUAGACUGAAUGACAACCGGGGGAUGUUAUUAAAAUAUGAAUGUGUUGCAGAAUCAUGAUGCGUCCAGUGUUCUGGGGAUUGCUGUUUCAGUGGCUGACCAAUCAUCACUUGAUAUGUUGUGUCAGACCAAACAUUUUAUUUAUUGUGUUGGAUGAUUUCCGACCUCUACUACGAUGCUAUGGAAACCAGUUAAUAAAUGCUCCAAAUAUGGAUAAUUUGGCCAGGAACUCAGUUGUGUUCACCAGGGCAUUUGCACAGCAAGCUCUGUGUGGACCUAGCAGGACUUCUUUUCUAACGAGUCGACGACCAGACACCACAAAACUGUGGGAUGUACAUUAUUACUGGCGAAAAUCUGCUGGUAAUUUUACAACUCUACCACAGUACUUCAAAGAAAAUGGAUACCAUACGGAAUCUUAUGGAAAAAUAUUUCAUCCAGGAAUAGUUUCAGGUAAAACAACAGAUUAUCCAUACAGCUGGUCUGUGCCACCUUAUCUACCAUCAACACAACAAUACAAAAUGAAAAAGGUGUGCCCUGGUCCUCAAGGCAAGCUACAGAUGAAUGUUAUUUGUCCAGUGAAUGUCUCCACACAACCAGAACAAACACUUCCAGACAUCCAGUCUACCCAGCAUGCACUGCAAUUUAUAGGAAAAUGGUCCAAUCAGAGCAAGCCAUUUUUUCUGGCUCUGGGAUACCACAAACCUCACAUUCCAUUCAAGUUUCCCGAGGAAUAUCUAAAAUUCUAUCCAAUAGACGAUAUUAAACUUGCCAAGUACCAUACCAAGCCCCCAGGAUUGCCGUCAGUUGCUUGGAAUCCGUGGGCAGACUUACGAGAACGAGACGAUGUGAGAAGCCUCAAUGUUAGUUUUCCUUAUGGUCCUAUUCCAGAAUCCUUCCAGAAACAGAUGAUUCAGUCAUACUAUGCCUCAGUCACAUAUGUAGACAGUCUUUUGGGUCAGGUGUUUUCGGCUUUGGACAGGAAUGGGUUUUCAAAUAACACAAUCACUGUUCUUGUGGGGGAUCAUGGUUGGGCCUUAGGUGAGAAUCAGGAAUGGUCCAAGUUCAGUAACUUUGAGGUAGCCACUCGUGUGCCUCUGUUGGUGUCAGUGCCAGGGUUGACCGGGAAACCUCUCUAUGGUCCUCCAAGACCUCAAACCUCAGAAAGUUUGUCAGUCAAAACACAUCACAACCAAUAUCAGACUUCAGAUGGUCUUGUAGAACUUGUGGAUAUAUUUCCUUCACUUGCGGAACUUGCAGGACUCCCAGUCUUGGAGAUAUGUCCACAGAACUCCUCAAACACAACACUUUGUACAGAGGGAUACAGCUUUGUGCCUUUAAUAAGAAAUGCUACAAACUCCCAUAUUUCUCCUAUCGUACACAGUUGGAAGUCGGCUGUGUUUAGUCAGUAUCCACGCCCGAGUGUGCAGCCAGAAACAGACAGUGAUCAGCCAAGAGCAGUCAACACCCGGAUUAUGGGGUACUCAAUCAGAACUGAUAACUGGCGAUACACAGAGUGGAUUCAGUUCCAUCCCAACAAUUUCACAGUCAACUGGAACAAAGUCUUUGCCAAAGAGCUUUAUUUACGAGAUACAGAUUCUGAGGAGCACAACAAUGUCGCCUCUUCUCCCCAGUAUCAAGAAAUUGUACAUAAACUGUCCAUCAAACUCAGGCAAGGCUGGAGAGAGGCCUUGCCACUGAACAACUACACCUAAUAAAGUUAAUAUAUUUAUCAAUAUG